CUGAUUGAAUCGAAGUGAGCGGGGCUAUUGGCGCGGAGGCGUGGUCGUUGUAAAGUUGCCUAAAACUGGAUCAGAGUUUAACACGAUUAUUCGGAGGAUCAUGCGAUGGCAGAGAUGGCCGAUCUCACCGUCUCCCUGUCCUUGCUGCUGGGGAUUGUAGUUUUUAGCGAAGUGGCGAGGAGAACGGCUUUAUAUCUAUUCCCAAAUCGAAACUGGAUCAUCUAUGCGCUCGAGUUGAUCUCCACUUUUCAGCUGUGUGCAUGCACGCACGAGUUAAAGCUGCUCGCGGAGACGGGCGGACUGGAGCCGCGGAUCGCGCUGACGCUCACGUUCCUCAUCUCGGUGGUCCACGGACUUUCAUUCCGCGGCGCGAUCUGUAGCCCGACCGGCGCUCUGGAGCAGCUCUACCUCGGGACUCUGACGCGGCGAUGCGCACUGACGCGGAUCUCAUGCCAGCUGAUCGCGGCGGAGGCGGCGCGGCGCGUCAUGCCUCACGCGUGGGCGCUGGCGCUCUCUGACCUGCACGCGCAGCACUCGCUGACGGGCUUUUCAUGCACGAACAGCCCCGUUAACGCGCCUCUGCUGCAGGCCGCCGCGGUGGAGCUGGGCUGCGCGUUUGUGAUGCACACUGCGGCGUUUAACGUGGAGAAGGUGGAAGAGAACUAUCGCGUUCCUGCAAUAGCUGCUGUCAUCACCAUAUUAGUCUAUGAAGGUGGUCAUCUCACUGGCGCGGUGUUUAACCCGGCACUGGCGUUCUCAAUACAGUUCCCCUGUCCUGGGAACACUUUUGCGGAGUACAGUUUUGUGUACUGGAUUGGACCAAUACUGGGUAUGACAGGCUCUCUGCUGCUUUUUGACAAAGUGAUCCCUGCUAUUUCAGGGAAAAGCACAAUUCCAAAGCACCUGAACUCUGAUGGACUCGAGACGAAAAAGAUGAAGUGAACUAAUGCCUUAUGACAGACUCUGAUUGCAUAUGUGAUUAUAUACUGUGAAUAUACACUGUAAUUCUCCAGCUCAUCUCCAAGUAUUAACCAGGGUUUCUGCAGGUUUUAAAAGGUCUUAAUUCGCCCUUCUCAAGGCCUAAAAAGGUCUUAAAUUCAUAACAUAAAUGUUGGAUGCACAGGA